GCAAUGUCUGAAGUGAAAGCGAAGCUGCUCACCCAGAUUGCCGAACCGAUGACCUCGUCCGGCAACAAGGUCACCGUGGUCGGGAUCGGUCAGGUCGGCAUGGCCUGUGCAUUCAGCAUUCUGACCCAGAAUGUGUCCAGCGAGGUGGCCCUCAUCGAUGUCAACGCGGACAAGCUGCAGGGUGAGAUGUUGGAUCUGCAGCACGGUUCGGCAUUCAUGAAGAAUGCCCACAUCAACGCCGGAACCGAUUUCUCUGUAUCAGCUGGAUCACGUUUGAUCAUAAUUACGGCUGGCGUGCGCCAGAAGGAGGGAGAAAGUCGGCUCGAUCUUGUCCAGCGUAACACCGACAUCCUGAAGGGCAUCAUCCCCAAGCUGGUCGCCCAAAGCCCGGACUGCAUCUUGCUGGUUGUGUCGAACCCGGUCGAUAUCCUCACAUACGUCGCGUGGAAAUUGAGCGGUCUGCCGAAGAACCGUGUCAUCGGAUCGGGUACCAACCUCGACUCGUCCCGUUUCCGCUUCCUGAUGUCGCAGAAGUUGGGCGUUGCUCCCACCUCCUGCCACGGUUGGAUUAUCGGCGAGCACGGUGACAGUAGCGUACCGGUGUGGUCCGGCGUCAAUGUGGCCGGUGUACGGUUGGCCGAAAUUAACCCAACGAUCGGCACCGAUGCGGAUACGGAAAAGUGGGGUGAACUGCAUCACGAAGUGGUGAACAGCGCCUACGAAGUCAUUCGUCUGAAGGGUUACACCUCGUGGGCUAUCGGUUUGAGUGUGGCCUCGCUGGCAUCUGCCAUUCUGCGCAACACGUACAAUGUCCAUGCGGUUUCCACGCUGGUAAAGGGCGAACACGGCGUCACUGACGAAGUCUACCUUUCGCUGCCAUGCGUUCUGGGCCGGAAUGGAGUUAGCCACGUGGUGAAACAAAUUCUCACUCCGGAAGAAACGAAGAAGCUGCAAGCAUCUGCCACGCUGAUGGCGCAGGUCCAGGGUGGAAUCAAAUUCUAA